CCCAGGCCCUCACACCUCUCUCUCAAACCACCACUAUCGAUGAAUCUCACCAUUCUACGCCCCCUCUUCUACAUCCACACCCACUCAACCAGAGCCUCUCUUUUCAUCUGUAAGCCUUUCUUCUUGCAUUACCUCCAUGAAGGAGUAUUCACUGCAAGAUGAAGAACGAUGCAUGUCCAAUGAGGAGACGUGGCAGCGAUGACAACGCAGCAGGGUAUGGAGUCACCAGAACCAUAUUCGCUACCAACAACAGCAUUCUAUACCCCAUCAAGGAAAGCGAUAUCCUGACAGUGGUGCAUCCACUGUUGCGUUUGAGCCGAGGGAAGAUGAUGCUGAAGCUCGACUUUGCUCACAGCCUGACGAGUGUAGGCAUUCUUAGUUAUGAGCCUGCCUCUUCUGUCCUGGCCAUCAUCCACCAAAAGCUUCCAUGGCCCAUAGUCAUACAGACAUCGGGCGAUCGAGAAUGGGUCACAGUCACCGAUGUUGUCGAGACACUAUGGUAUGCUCUGCACAUAGGCGACAUCCUGCAGAUGUCAACAUCAUCACUGUUCCUCGAAAGUCAAGAUGAUGCACCUUUUGACAGUUGUCGAAGUUGUGUCUAUGCUACUGUCGGAAUAUAUUUUUUGGAGCAAGAGCUGGAGACUCAUAUACAAAGACAAUGGACUCUUCUAGAAGAGCUUACAUCUCUUUGGCCUAGUCUGAGUGCCAGUGCGAAAAGGGCGACCACCAUCGAUGUUGAGAUAUCGGUUACGAUGACCCUUAACCCUAGGGAAAAAGUAGGGUUAGGGCUAUAUGCCCAGUGA